AUGAGAAGCUUUGGAAAUUGUGGGCAAUGGCCUCUACUUGCAUUUGCUUUGGUAUUUUGCUUUGUAGCUAGCACUGUUGUUGCUGAUUACUCUUAUGGCUAUAGUUCUCAUUCACCAUCUUACAACUCUAAGAAAGACUACAAAUCACCAUCUCCAUACUACAAGAAACCAGAAAAACAUGUUGAACAGUCUCCAUCGCAUUACUACUACAAGUCACAUGCUCCUUCAAAACACUACUACAAGGUACCUAUUGUAGCGAAGUAUUAUAAGUCACAUGCUCCUUCUAAGCACUACUACAAGUCACCUGUUGUAGGAAAAUAUUACAAGUCACAUGCUCCUUUAAAACACUAUUAUAAGACACCUAUUGUAGCAAAGUAUUACAAGUCACCUUCUCCUUCGAAACACUACUACAAGGCACCGGUGGCAGUGAAGUACUACAAGUCACCUGCUCCUUCAAAGAAGUACUACAAGUCGUCAGCUCCUUCAAAGUACUACUACAAGUCACCAUCACCUGCAAAGUACUACAAAUCGCCUGCAAAGUACUACAAGUCGCCUACUCCAUCAACGCACUAUUACUACAAGUCACCAUCCCCAUCAAAAUAUUACAAAUCACCUACUCCUUCUAAAUACUAUAAAUCACCACCACCACCAAAAUAUUACAAGUCACAAGUUUACUACAAGUCUCCUCCACCACCACCAACUUAUUAUGAAAAAUCACCUUCUUACUACAACUCCCCUCCACCUCCACCAUACUACAAAGAAUCUACCCCUUCUUACAAGUCCCCUUCCCCUCCUCCAUACUACAAAGAAUCUACGCCUUCCUAUAAAUCCCCUCCACCUCCACCAUACUACAAAGAAUCUACACCUUCCUAUAAAUCUCCUCCCCCUCCACCAUACUACGAAGAUUCUACGCCUUCCUAUAAAUCUCCUCCACCUCCACCAUACUACAAAGAAUCUACCCCUUCUUAUAAAUCCCCUCCACCUCCACCAUACUACAAAGAAUCUACCCCUUCUUACAAGUCCCCUUCCCCUCCUCCAUACUACAAAGAAUCUACGCCUUCCUAUAAAUCCCCUCCACCUCCACCAUACUACAAAGAAUCUACACCUUCCUAUAAAUCUCCUCCCCCUCCACCAUACUACGAAGAUUCUACGCCUUCCUAUAAAUCUCCUCCACCUCCACCAUACUACAAAGAAUCUACCCCUUCUUAUAAAUCCCCUCCACCUCCACCAUACUACAAAGAAUCUACGCCUUCCUAUAAAUCCCCUCCCCCUCCACCAUACUACAAAGAAUCUACACCUUCCUAUAAAUCUCCUCCCCCUCCACCAUACUACGAAGAUUCUACGCCUUCCUAUAAAUCUCCUCCACCUCCACCAAAGUACUAUGAGAAAUCACCUACAACCUAUAACUCACCACCUCCACCAUCACCAACCUAUUACAAGCAAACUCCCACCUAUGCCUCACCUCCACCACCUCAGAAGUACGAGCAAUCUGUCACCUAUGCUUCACCUCCACCCCCACCAGCAUCUCCCCCACCGACAUACUACUAA